UUUUGCGCAGUUACAUACAGACGAAGACGGACAUCGGACAUACCGACAAAGUCCUACAUGUUUGUAAUGUGUUUCUCGAAAUGUUCGUAUUGAAAAAGAGCUUAUGACGUUGCGUAAAAUUUGUUUAACACAGUUAAAUAAGUAUUCUUGAGCGUCCUUGGAAAGAUAAAACAUUCGCCCACAGGAUUAACUACUUAACUGACAAGUUUAAUAGAAUGCAUGACUUCCAGAGGGAUCCUUGUAAAGUUUCGGCCAAAACAUGGAGUGGAAACCAGUUGACAUCUCUUAAAGGCCCAACGUGCGUGUUAAUCAAACCGGAUGGAAAAACCUUGGAGAGGUUUGGUUUUGAUGCCGAGACGCGUUAUAGCCAGCUUAGUCAGACCGGAGAGCACAAAAAGUGGUACUACUUCAAAAAAUUCAAAAUGAAGCUUUGGAACAAGCCAAUACACAAAGACACGAUGUUGGACGAUGAAAGUGGUAAAAGCCUACCAGCUCUUACCGUGUUCUCCUUGUCAAUAAGGUACAUGAUCGAUGACUUGAGUAGUAUGUCAAAUCAACAGGUUAGCGGACUGAAUCUGGAAGACAUCUAUUGGGUGCUCACUGUACCUGCUAUCUGGGAUGAUUCAGCAAAACAGUUUAUGCGUCUUGCCGCUCAAGAGGCUGGCAUACCCUGUGAACAGUUAUUAAUUGCCUUAGAACCCGAGGCGGCGUCUAUUUAUUGUAGACACGCUCAAGUCCAAGUUGACGCCACUGCAGGUGGUAUUUCGUCCUUCAAAUCGGGCAGUAAAUACCUGGUUUUAGAUGCAGGAGGAGGUACGAUAGAUAUCACCGUGCAUGAAGUAUGUUUCGGAGGAAAACUAAAAGAACUCUUCAAGGCCACUGGUGGAGCUUGGGGUGGUACAAUGGUUGAUAAGGCCUUUUUGGACUUUUUGGCAGACUUGAUAGGCAAAGACGUCCUCCAACGUUUCAAGGACGAUCACAUGGAAGACUUCCUAGACCUUCUCCGUGAUUUUGAAAUUAAAAAGCGCGCAACAAAUUCGUCAAGCGAAGGACUUGUUACGAUCAAAUUGCCGCUAGUCCUCAUAGAGCUUGUAGACGAAUGCAAGGGUCUAUCGAUGACAAAGAUUGUACAGUCUUCGCGUUACGCAAAUAAGGUUACACUGGCCAGUGACAAGUUUAGAUUGGACUUUAACAUAUUCCGGUCUUUCUUUACGGAAUCGAUUAAUGCAAUCGUUCACCACAUGAAAACAUUACUUAGAGAAGGCGAGCCGUCCAAAGCGGGAGCCAUCCUAAUGGUUGGAGGUUACUCAGAGUCCCCAUUGCUGGCGGAGACAAUGCGGGAGAAAUUUCCACGACUGGAAAUCAUUGUUCCAACUGACGCCGGUCUUGCUGUUCUAAAGGGAGCUGUCAUAUUUGGGCAUUUACCGACCUCCAUCACUGAAAGAGUGUCCAAGUAUACAUACGGCGUAAGUAGCUGUGUAUCUUUCGAUAAGGACAAACAUCCUAUAGAAAAGCUUAUAAAAACAGGUCUUGGUGACGCGUGUGAGGAUAUAUUUUCAAUCUUGGUAUCGUCUGACCAAAAACUAAUUGUGGGUGAAAAAUAGGCCGAAAAAAGGUAUCGUACAAAUUACUUAGAUCAAACUGGCAUGACGUUUCUGAUAUAUACUACAACUAACAAAACUGUUCAAUACGUCACAGAUGAGGGAUGCAGGAAGGUAGGAUGUUUAAGAAUUCCGCUUUCUGGAAGCGGUGAAAACAGGUGGGUAACUUUUAGAUUAUAUUUCGGUGGCACAGAAAUAAAGGUUGAAGGCGAAGAAGAGGCCACAGGUCGAAUUACAAGAACGGUUGUCGACUUUUUGCUGUAACUGAAUUUACGGUGUGUGCAGAUUAUCAAAACGUCAAUUAUUGGAAUCACAUGACCUUCUCGUACCUCGUCUAACCUGAUUCAAGUAUGAAAUCUUCACAUUUUUGCUAAAUAAUAUCAGAGCCACACGCUUAACACCUGUGGUGUUGACAUUAAUAAUUAUAUAAAUCCAAGGAAAUUAACGUUUUUAUCCUCUUUUUAUUAUUUUAUAAUUUUAGACUUUUCCAAAUCAUAGACAUAGCAAAAUACAUUGAAAACAAAAGAAUUAAAAGUGUGAAAACGUCCCUUUAUUUCACCUUGUCGACAUUUUUCUGUCUGAUACACGGUCUGGGUAUUUAAUUCCUUGCUGAUCUUUUACUGUUCAAUUUAAACAUGUUGUUUGUUACACUAUGAGUUGAUUAUGUACUUUCCAUUAUUUAAACAUACUUUUGAAUUUGUUUGCACAAUAUGACUAUUAUAUAUUGAAAAUAUGUUAUUCUCAAAAUAAUUGCUUAGGUGAGCAAUAUAAAUUCAGUUAUAUAAACUAUUUAGAGAACGAUUGUUGUCGUUAACAAAUGAUGUUCCCCAUGUCAAUGAGACUAAUAAUCAUAUUAUGAUUAUUUUUAUAACCAAUUAGUUAUGUUUCAUAAUUUAAUGCAUUAUUUUAAAUUGUCAACUGUCGCAUGGUUAUGGCAUAUUCAUUUGAGGAAAGCGUUGGUGUGCUCGCAGUUGAAGCUGGAACGUAAUAUGUUUGUGGUGACACUUAAAUAUUAUUUCAAUUUUUAAUCCAUGAUGCAACACAAAAAUUUCUUUGUUCGAAGCUAUUUUAAUUUAUUUUUGAAAAUGACUUUGCCAAAGCUUGGUAUUUGUUCCAGUUUUCCGAGGGGUUUGGGGCAUAACAAAACGUGUGAGCUUGUAAUUUCCUUAUUCCAAAUGCAACCCAUCAAUAACUACCAUGCAUGCAUUUAAAUACGGCAUGUAUGUGAACAUUUAUACCAAAUAUUAUAUCACCAUUGAUGUUCAUUAGCGCGAAUUUUUUUACCAAAUGAUUCAGAAACGAUGGGGGAAAAGAUAAGGGGGUUGGCAAUUUUGAAUGUCUAAACAGAAAUUCUUAUUGUCGAAUUGCAUCUCUAAAACAUUAAUUUUUUUUAAGAAUAACAAAAUGAAAUCGUAACAAUGAAAUCGUUUAUGCAUACUAAUAAAUAAUAAACGUGUUCAUCCAGUCCAUCAAAAAUUAAUAAAGGAUUUCGGACACUGUGAAACUAUUAAUUAUGCUUUUUUCACCGACUGAUUAAGUUUAUUUUCCAGACGAUAUAUUAUUGUAUAGUCAAUAUAAUAACUGGAAUAAGCCUGCGGUCACCGCCUUGGAAGUCAUUGUGGGUUUAACCGGUGUUUUGUGCUUAAUUGUAAAAUAACAAUUUACCACUCCACAGCGCAGUUUAAAUCGAAUAUUAAUAACAAGAAUGCAUAUGAAUUUCUAAGACACGAUGAAAUGAAACAAAAACCGUUUCUACUACACCUCGUAUUUGCUUAGAAAGGUCUGCGCAUCAUACCUUAGAAGAUAUGAAUACUACAGAUCCCUCGGUGAUUUACAGUAUACAGAUGUUUACAAAGUACAAUAUUCAUUAUGUUUUAUAUGUAAUAUUAGUAUGUAUUUUAAUUGUUAUUAUAUACUUUCAUCGCUAGUAAUACAUAUUUCUUAUAAUAUUAUUAUAAUUAUAAAAUCUGUAAUAUUACUUUAACAACUCAUGUUUUUACAUAUAUGGUUUAACACAGAAAUGAGAUCAUAUUAAUAUGUUUGUAAUCAAAGAUAAUAGUGUUUGCUUAAAUUACAAUACCAUAAUAUUCCUGGCAGAACAGGUAGACCAAUCUUUAUCGCGUGUUUAAAUAUAGUUUCAAUAAACUAUCAUUAAGCAUAACUGUAUUUACAAACAACGAAUCGAUACUGAUCUGUACUACCUUUGCGUGUUUAUCUUUAUUCACUCAACCAAAUUCAAUCGUGAUUCGUUUUACCUACAUAUAGCCUCUAAGUCUUCGGUAAAGUCCAUUUGUAUCUGCGUGCGUUUGGUCAAUAACAAUGCUUGAAGGCUUAAAUGUGUUACUGUUUGCACUUUAAAAACCCCAUCCCGAUUGUUUCUAACUUCCAUAUUUAUACAUUUCCCAGUUAUAAAAGCGCUUGCAUCUGUACAGAAAUUCCAUUUAUGCCAAAUAUUUCUACUGUUUGCAUAAGCAUAACUUAUUUUCAUGUUAUUUCUUAAUUCAUUUAUAACUUCGUACAGUUUUGGCUAUUUUAUAUAUAUUUUUUUUAAAUUAAAACUGCUGUGCAUUAUAAUGUGUUUUAUUAGAUAUAACGCAGAUAGCCAUCAUGAUGUAUGAGGUAACGCUAUCUUAGUGUAGUGAUAUAGUAAUUAAGCGUGAACCUUUUGUUUGCUUGUUGCUUUGAAUUUUCAGUAUUAUUUGAGAUGAUUUGAUUUUACAGUAAAAAAUGUAGCGUGAUGGUUUUUGCAUGAACUGUUGUUAUAUAAACCGCUGUUGCCUUGAAAUUGCUUCUAUUGGUAGUUAAAAUUAGUAAUAUUUUUAUCAUCGCCUUCAUUACAUGUCACUGUAUUUUUUUUUUGAUUAUUUUGGAAUAUUUCUUGGUCUCAAUAUCCAUGUUACCCAAGAUAUGUGGUAUUCAUUAAUACUGACUAUCAAUUUCAUGUUCAUUGUAAUUAUGCAUUGAACUCUUACUAUUAAAUGUGUUAUGAUUUGGGAUUUUUUUAAACUUAGCUGGUCCCGGAAUUGAACCCGGGACCUCUCCACCUAAACGACAAUCAUACGACUAAACCCAAGAGCCACUAAUGACACAUGAUGUUCACUGUUUUAAUAUAUGAAUAUCUUGAACUCGCUUUAUAGAAACAUAAAAAGCCAUUCAAAUAAAGAAAUUAGUCUUUUUUAAUUUCAAUAAAAUGUGUAUUUAGCAAGUGUAUUCUAUAUUAACCUCUAUGUUCGAUAUUUGCUUGUACGCAACCGAAAUAUUCGCCUGAAUAGCUUUGAAUACGACCUUUUAAUGUGUGCGUCUUAUUAGCUAUUAUAUCACGUGAGUUUUUUGUUGAUGUUUUAUUUCCUUUGGUUAAAGACAUUGUUGAAUAUUUUACUCUCAUAUACUGGAGCUAAUAAAACGAUAAGUACGUGUAUAUUCUACAAAUGCAGUAUUAAUCGAUUCAUCUAUAAUUGUUUCUUCAUUAUCUGUGAUAUAUUGCACACCUGUGUUUCUGGAAGCUAUUUCGGAUAUGACUAAUUUUGUCUAUAUAUUGUAGAUCAAAGUGUACACACUCUUAUAAGAGACUUUAAUGGAUCGUUUUCUUUUUUCGUUAUCAAAAUGAUGAUUAAUCUGAUAAACGUGAUUUCAACUGGUU